ACACACGUACACGUCCUGACAAAAAGGUGCCGCGAUUACCUACUCCAACCCAAUAAACAACCCACCCACUCAAGCAGAGCCCAAUAUCCAGCCACACAUAAGCCCACUGCCAGCACACCACUCGGCCGACUGCGCCACACUAGCUACACACAAACAAACAAAAAAUAA